AUGAACGGCGGAAACUCGGAACUUCCUACGGUGAGUCUCGCAUCUUUCAUCGGAGAAUGCGGCGGGUGCGUCGUGGGUGACGAACCCACCCCCGAGCAGCGCCUCACCGCCGGGCAAAUCGACGCAGUCUUCAGACGCCACGGCUUUCUUUACCUGACGGACUUUGGCGUCUCCGAGGAGGAUGUCAGGGUCGUUUUCAACAACAUGAAGCGUCUCUUCGCGCUCAAUGACGAGGAGAAGGCCAAGUUGAGCAAGUUCGACCCGAGGACGAACACGGGUUUCAGCAAGUUUGCCACCGAGGCUCUGAACACCCUCAGGCCCCCUGACCUUAAGGAGAGCUUCAACAUCCGGUCGAGGAAGCACUACACAAACGAUUACACAGGCACUCCCGAGGGCUUUGGAGACGUCGCCGAGUCAUUCUGGGAUAAGUUGGAGGAGGCAUCCAGGAGGCUGUUCAUAGCGUGCGCGCUCGCCAUGAAGCUGCCGAGGGAGGACAUGAGGUUCUUCGAGCGAACGUUCCGACGCUUCGACUUCUCCACGCUGCGGAUGCUUCACUUCCCACCGGUGGAGGAUUUCUCCCCGGACAAGCUCACGAGGGAUGGCGACGCGCUGAGGAUCGGCGAGCACACCGACUUUGGGAUGGUCACGCUGCUCUUCCACGACGCCGAGAGCGCGGGCGAGGGGCUGCAGGUGAAAAAAGCCGAUGCCGGGGCUGGGAACGAUGCGAGCGGCGUGGCCGGCACAAACACCGGCUGGAUCGAUGCCAUCAGCCGUGGCGGCGCGACGGCCAUCGUGAACACCGGCGCUCUCAUCGCGAGGUGGACGAACGACGAGUGGAGGGCCACGGCUCACAGGGUGGUGGUUCCCAACGAUGCGGCCGCGGGAAGGGAUAGGUAUUCACUCGCCUUCUUUCUGGAUCCCGACAAGGACGAGGUCAUCGAGACGCACCCGCGGUUCAGCGACGCCGUUGACAAGUACAAGCCGAUAACCAGCGGCGGGUUCGUCCAGAUGAAGAUCGAGGAAAUGUUGAAGGUGCAGGGAAAGGCGACCUAA